CGCCCGGCCUCCUCCUCGGCUCUCGGAGCGGCGCGGAGCCGGCAGGGAGCGCAGCGCAGCGCAGCGGGAGCCGAAGAGCGCGCGGAGCCUGCCAUGGGCAAAUCAGCUUCCAAGCAGUUUAAUGACGAGGUCCUGAAGGCCCACAAUGAGUACCGGAAGCAGCAUGGCGUCGCCCCGCUGAAGCUCUGCAAGAAGCUCAACCGGGAGGCUCAGCAGUAUUCAGAGGCCCUGGCCAGCACGAGGAUCCUCAAGCACAGCCCGGAGUCCAGUCGUGGCCAGUGCGGGGAGAACCUGGCGUGGGCAUCCUACGAUCAGACAGGAAAGGAGGUGGCUGAUAGAUGGUACAGUGAAAUAAAGAACUACAACUUUCAGCAGCCUGGCUUCACUUCCGGGACAGGACAUUUCACUGCCAUGGUAUGGAAGAAUACAAAGAAGAUGGGAGUGGGGAAGGCAUCUGCAGGUGAUGGGUCCUCCUUCGUGGUGGCUAGAUACUUCCCAGCAGGGAAUGUCGUCAACCAGGGCUUCUUUGAAGAAAAUGUCCUGCCUCCAAAGAAGUAAUUUGGCCAAUGUAACGGGCAGGUGGCAGACGUAAGAACUUGGAUUUGUAGUGCCUAGAACAACAAAAACUCAGCUGUGUGUCUGUCCCUGUGGGUGUAUGUGCUUGCUCGUGUGAUGCUGUGAGUCUCUUGAGCGCACACUCGGUUUUACAGUUCUGCAUGAAUUCAUUCUUACCAAAGAAAUGAGCAUAUGAAGCCUUUACCUUGAUGGUUCCCUAGACUACAAUUAUUUGGACUUUGGGGGGGGGAAUCAAUUUUUAAACUUUAAAAAAUUUUUUUAAGCAAACUCCUUUUGUACCUUUCUUACUUAUAAUAUCCAUCCCUGGACUUUCUGUAUUCCAAAUGUUUGUGAUGCUGAGAAAAUGAAGUUCAUUUUAUGUGACCUUCAUGCAUUGUAAUCUACUUUUGGUAGAUAUUUAAGAAUAUUAAACCCUCAUUAAAUGUGA